AUGGUGUUCCCUAGGAAUACUCUUCUAGUCCCGAAGGAGGAAGGAGACAAACUUCUGGGAAAGACAGUCGAUGUCGUGGUGGGACAUGAGCAUGAGACGUUCAGCAUCCAUGAGAAACUGAUUCGUGCAUCAUCGCUAUUCUUUGACAAGGCCAUGUCCGGUGCAUGGCAGGAGUCAGCACAGAAUACAAUUGAACUACCAGAUGACGAACCAGAGAUAUUUGGAUUGUACCAUCACUGGCUCUACUAUGGCACUCUACCGGUUUUUUGUGACGACGUGAAUGUCGAAUACGUUAACCUUAUCGACGCCUAUACGCUCGGUGACAAGUUACUUGAUACUAGAUUCCAAGAUACAGCGAUUGAUGCUAUUAUUGAGAGGAGUAUUUCGAAAGGAUCAGACGGCAAAAUGUGGUACCCUGGUCAGGGGGUAAUCGAGCAUGCAUACAAUAAUACGAAUGAAUCGGCUCUUGUUCGUACCUUACUUGUCGAUAUGUACGUUUCUGCUGGGCAUGGUGCUUGGCUUCGCGAUUGUGGCACGACGGAUUUCCCGCAGUCGUUUCUAUUUGAGCUUGCUGCGAAGUCAAUGGAUCAGCGUGGUGGUUCGAGGUUGAGGAUCGAUCCCUCGAAGUACCAUAUCCACGGCUCGCAAGAUGGGAAAAAAGGGAGCCAUGUCAAGUGCUCAUGA